UAAGGUAUUCAAGAAAAUGUCUGUAAUAUAAUAUUAUAUACCACGAGAACUAGUAGUAGUUCGUGUUAUAUACCUAAUUACAACAAAUCAGCCGCUACAACAUGCUGGUGCGUCUUGGUCGUAGUAUUACCACUGAAUAGAUGAUGAAAUCUUGGGUACGACACUGAUUCAUCGGACGUUGGUCGUGUUAUUAAUUAUUUGCGUUUUGAAAACAUUCCGUUUUUCCAUGUCGACCAAUUGUUACGUAGUUACGUAACGUGAAACAUGCUGAUCGAAUCGCAAUAUAUUAUAAUAUCUUAUACCUGUAUCACAUCAUUGGUAAAUUGGCCAUUGCCGUGAGUGGUCGUAUUCUGUUGGCACGACAUAGGUACACGCGUUUUAUUCUGUCUUUCGUUUCGGUUUCCGUUUGAAUAGAAAAUGAAUUCAGAACGGUUGGUGACCCAUGUCUUGUUUUUCGUCAUUUGCGCCACAGCGGUGCUCUGCCUGAAGAAAGAUCAGUACUUUUGCGAGUUGUCUUCGUCGUGUAUGUGCAUGACGGCCAACGACAACAACAAUAUCGACUUGACUGGAGUGAAUUUGACGCUGACGAUCGCGGAUAACCAGACGUUGAAUUAUCAACCUUGUGUCAGUGAAAUCGCUAUUGUAAAUGGGACAUCCAAUUCUUCAAUACAGAUUGCAAAUUAUACGCAUACAUAUGUUAAAAUAAGCGACAUGGUAACAUUUAUCUACACAAAUGACUAUGACCUGCAUGAGUUUGAUGUAAUUUUGGUGUGUGAUUCAUUGGCAGUCAGUGGAAACGAAUCUUUGGCUAAUUUCAAAAAUGUCACUGCUAACCUAUGUACGGUUGAACUUAGUACCAAUAAAGUAUGUGGAUUGAAUUUAAACAAUGCAUAUGAUAACAACUCAGAAUCUGAAUCUUGGACUUACUUUUUUUCAUUUGUCUUGGUUGUUGCAUUUGUUUACUUUGUUGGCGGAUCUGUAGUAAAUGCCUGUUUAUUUAAUGAAAUCGGUAUUAAUAUGAUUCCUCAUCAUGAAUUUUGGUCAUCACUUUACGAUAAAAUCAAGGAUAAACUAUGUGGAACAUCUACAAUGGCAACAGCUUAUGAAAGCAUAUAAAAUAUUUGUUUUUUAUAUUAACAAAAAUAAGAUGCUCGUGCAUACUGUAUUGCUAACUUCUGGGCAUGAUAUUGCUGAAUGCGAAAUAUAAUAUAUAUUUUGUAUUUUAUUAUUUUUAUUUCCAAAGGAAACACUAUAUUAAAACACUUAAUUGUUUUGUGUA